AUGAGGGACCCUUUCGAGGCAGCGAUCGAGGCGGAGUUGGAAGCUUCCCCGCCGGGGUCGCCGGCGGCGCCGCCGGAGGAGGAGGCCGUCGGCUCCCAAGAAGAUUCCGGCGAGUCUGAGGAUGACGGCGGGGGCCCAUCGCAGCAGGGCGCGCCGUCGUUCUCCACCCCGGUCAUCUCAUCUGGCGGCGUGGGGGCGGCUUCCGGGGAUUUGGGGGGAGGAGGGGAGGGGGGAGGGAAGGAGGACGAUGAGGAUGAGGAGGAGGAUAAUGUGGAGGUGGACAUUGGAAGGCUCCACUCUGGCGAUCUUCACAAGGUUGACAAGAUAAAGUGAGUGGUGAUCUCUCCGUGAUUCUCGUCACUCCCGCCGAGAGAACAAACCCUAGAAAGAAGGGAAGGGAUAAUGAAUAUCGUUUUAUAAUGUAGGAUAGAUUUUUCUUUCUUCAAGCAGAUUCGGUCAUGAAGGGAUUGUUUCCUCUUCCCUUUUGCAAGAUUUGUACCCGUCACCGUGUGUUUUUUUUUCUAGGCCUGCAUAUAAUGAGAACUCCCCGGAUACCAUUUUUCCUGGAUGAAGUUUGACCGUUUGAUGAAUUUCCCAGUUCCGCAUUACUGACGAAUUCGUCUGCGUAUUAUUUUUGUUUGUGUUUCUCAUUGCUUCGGAUCUAUUUCUCUCAUGAUGUUCCUCUUCCCUUUGGUGAUGAGUUUUCUCUUUCUUUGCCUCAUUGGUUGGCGUGUCCAUGCUCAUUCGCGUGGAAAUUGCCUUUCCAAUUUCUGAAAAUUCACUGCGAAGCGAGUCCCAAGUUUUCCAAGGCCAGAGCGUCUGAUUAAAUCGUGAGCUUCCCAGUGAUCUUUUUUUGUCGAGGACAGUGCUGCAACACCAGUUUUUUUCUCAUCACAUCAGUCUACGUCAUCUCGGAUUGCAUCCUACCUUUUGGAAAAAUUAUGACCACUCUUAUCAUUCUUAUCCACAAAAAUUCUCGGUAAACAUUUACGUUUUGUUUUUUUUUUUGAGCUCUGGCUUCACUCAUGUUAUUCGUAGGUAGUCUUUUCGAUUUUCUGCCUACCAUUCAGUCGCAGGUUCAUCAUGAGACUAAUCAUAAUUCAUACGGAAAGUGGCGAUUGUUUUGUUAAGCUGACGUUUUGAGGAUCGUCCCCUCUAAAAGUGUCGGUGUUUUAUGUCAUUAAAAACAAAGCGACCAACUUAUUGCUUCAAUGGGAAACUAUUAUCAAUUUAUUCAUAAGGCACCAUGCUUACAUGGAUAGGAGAAAUUAUUCAAGCAAAGCUCCCCAUUACUUGGUCGAAGAACCAAGUGCAUGGUAGUUCGAGAUCUAGGAAAUGAGGUGUAGAUAUUUAUUAUUAGGUUUCCUGUUUAACGGAUCUCUAUCUGAUAUCGGCUUUCAAUCUUACAGGGGAUUAUUGGCCCAAUUUACAAAGGAGCAAAUGAACAGAUACGAGUCAUUUCGAAGGUCUAAUUUCCAGAGAUCCAACAUGAAGAAGGUAUCAAAUAUAUCAUUUCUCAAUAAUUUAUUUUGUACUCGGGACAUAUGACAACCAAACGAUUCUGUAAUUGUCGAGUAUGGAUGCCUUGGAGUUUGACUGGAUUAUUUUCGAUUAAGAGAACUCCUUCUGCUGCAGCUUUUGACCAAUGUGACUGGAAGUCAGAAGGUUUCCGUGCCCAUGACUAUUGUUGUGUGUGGAAUGGCGAAAAUGUUUGUUGGGGAACUCGUCGAGAUAGGCAAGUGGACAUCUCUUUCCAGAACUGGAGUCGAAUUUCUCUUGCAGUGCUACUGCCGAUAUAUCUUAUUUUCGUUCAUGUUACAUUCUAGAUUUCAUCCAUGAUCUGCUCAUACAUUCCUCCCUCUCAAAUACUGACUCUAUGAGCUUCACCGCUCCUUAAUCCACGCCUGGAAUGAAAAACUUGGGGAUUAUGAUGGCAGAAUUGCUCUUCACUCCUUUAUGGUAAAACCUCAAGGCUUCCUACUACAAUUCUGGUUACACACUGGAUCAGCCGGUUUCUGCGGGCCGCAGUCUGAGAUUGAGAUGCAGAUGAGAUGGGUUUUUACUUUGAAGCACUGUUCUUAACUUCAUUCACGUGGAACAGCAGGCCGGAUAAUCAUGACCGAGCGGAAGGAGAGCGGGCCCCUCAGACCCUGCCACAUCAGGGAGGCUUACAGGAGGCUGAAGCUCGAAGGCAAAAUACCCAAGCAAUCGGUUCCCAGGCUGUUCCACUGA